GUUUGCAGGCUUUGCUCUUGCAAGCCAGCUGACGUAGCUGGAAGGAGAAAGAGACCCUCCCACUUGCGUUUGUUAAUUGACUUUGAUGAGCUUGUCUGCGAUGCCUAAAUGGUUCCAGAACAGAGAGAGCCGUUAUAAUCUGAAGAACUUUUUAGAAAGUCACACUGGCUGGCUAAAACUGCGCGCACCUCCAGCCAGCAAGGAAAAGGAAAGCAGUUGAUUGAUAUGCCGGUCAGCAAAGCCACCCUUGGCUGCCUUGAGCUUUUUAACUGAGUUCUUGCCCCUGGGAAGCACAUUCUUGCUCUCUGGAGAGCUGGGUGCACUUGGAACGGGGCUGGCAUGCUUGACAGACGCUUCAUGUCUCCUCAGACUAAGUACAUCAUUCCUGGGGGUUCGGCAGACUCCUACACCAGCCGUCCAUCCGAUUCAGAUGUUUCUUUGGAGGAAGAUCGGGAGGCAGUGCGCAGAGAAGCAGAGCGACAGGCCCAGGCCCAGCUGGAAAAAGCAAAGACAAAGCCCGUUGCAUUUGCUGUUCGGACAAAUGUCAGCUAUAGUGCAAUCCACGAAGAUGAUGUCCCGGUGCCAGGCAUGGCCAUCUCCUUCGAAGCAAAAGAUUUUCUGCAUGUUAAAGAAAAAUUUAACAAUGACUGGUGGAUAGGGCGAUUGGUGAAAGAAGGCUGUGAAAUCGGAUUCAUCCCAAGCCCAGUGAAACUAGAAAAUAUGAGGCUGCAGCAUGAACAGAGAGCCAAGCAAGGGAAAUUCUACUCCAGUAAAUCAGGAGGAAAUUCAUCAUCCAGUUUGGGUGACAUAGUCCCUAGUUCCAGAAAAUCUACACCGCCAUCAUCCGCUAUAGACAUAGAUGCUACUGGCUUAGAUGCAGAAGGAAAUGAUAUUCAAGCCAACCAUCGCUCCCCUAAACCCAGUGCAAACAGUGUAACGUCACCCCACUCCAAAGAGAAAAGAAUGCCCUUCUUUAAGAAGACAGAGCACACUCCUCCUUAUGACGUGGUUCCUUCUAUGCGACCAGUGGUCUUGGUGGGCCCUUCUCUGAAGGGGUACGAGGUCACGGAUAUGAUGCAGAAAGCGUUGUUUGAUUUUUUAAAACACAGAUUUGAAGGGCGGAUAUCCAUCACAAGGGUCACGGCUGACAUCUCACUCGCCAAGCGCUCCGUGUUAAACAAUCCCAGCAAGCAUGCAAUAAUAGAAAGAUCCAAUACAAGGUCAAGCUUAGCGGAAGUUCAGAGUGAAAUCGAAAGGAUUUUUGAACUUGCAAGAACACUGCAACUGGUAGUCCUUGAUGCAGAUACCAUUAAUCAUCCAGCUCAACUCAGUAAAACUUCUUUGGCCCCUAUUAUAGUCUACGUAAAGAUUUCUUCUCCUAAGGUUUUACAAAGGUUAAUAAAAUCUCGAGGGAAAUCUCAAGCUAAACACCUCAAUGUCCAGAUGGUCGCAGCUGAUAAACUGGCUCAGUGUCCUCCAGAGCUGUUUGAUGUGAUCCUGGACGAGAACCAGCUCGAGGAUGCUUGUGAGCACCUUGCCGACUAUCUGGAGGCCUACUGGAAGGCCACCCACCCUCCCAGCAGCCAUCUCCCCAACCCGCUCCUUAGUCGUACUUUAGCCACUUCAGCUCUGCCCAGUAGCCCCACUCAAGCCUCUAAUUCACAGGGUUCUCAAGGGGAUCAGAGGACUGAGCGCUCCGCUCCCGCCCGCUCUGCCUCCCAAGCUGAAGAAGAACCCUGCCCGGAACCCGUCAAGAAACCCCAGCACCGUUCCUCCUCCUCCGCCCAGCAUCACAGCCAUCGCAGCGGGACGAGCCGAGGCCUCUCCAGGCAGGAGACAUUUGACUCAGAAACCCAGGAGAGUAGAGACUCUGCCUAUGUGGAGCCGAAGGAAGAUUACUCCCACGAACACGUGGACCACUAUGCCCCCCACCGUGACCAUAACCACCGAGAUGAGCCCCACGGGAGCAGUGAGCACAGACACAGGGAGUCUCGGCACCGUUCCAGGGACCUGGAUCGAGAGCAGGACCACAAUGAGUGCAACAAACAACGGAGCCGGCAUAAAUCCAAGGAUCGCUAUUGUGACAAGGACGGAGAGGGCCUCUCCAAAAAACGGAGCGAGGCUGGGGAGUGGAACAGGGAUGUUUACAUCCGCCAGUGACUUUGGCCCUUCUACGUUUCUUUUUUUUAAGUCUUGUAUACCCCCACCCUCAGACUCAAUCUUU